CUUGACCGUGCUCAGAUUCGGGACUGCCACCGAAAAUGCCCCUGACAAGCCCACCAUGGGCGCCCAUGUAUCAAUACGCCCCUAUUGAUGCUAAACCACGCGUCUUCCGAUUGAUCAAGCUCCUCAAACCGAUUCGAUCCUAUCUGCCUAGCUCCAGAGACACCGUGCGUCUUGAGAUCAUUGAAGUUGACCUCGAUGCUGCUUGCUUGUAUGACGCUCUGUCAUAUACCUGGGGUGUGCAGGGCCUGCGACAGCCGGAUCGACGCGUAAUCGUUGAGACGCCGGACGGCAGCCGCGAGCUGCGAAUCUUCAGGCCUCUCGAGCUUGCGCUGCUCCACCUCGCAGCCACAAACUAUGCGGAUCGUCCGUUGUUCGUGGACCAGAUAUGCAUCAACCAGUCUGACGACGGAGAGAAGGGCAGCCAGGUGCCGCUGAUGAGGGACAUCUACACCAACUGCGCCCGGGUGAUUGUUUGGCUGGGACCAGCAUCCAGAUCGUCCGACAAGUGGUUCGAUUUUACACUCAAAGUCUGCAACGAGGGGAUCUUGAGCCGAUUCAUGCGACAGAAUGUCGGCCACUUCAUGAACGUCUUCGACGCCGUAAUGGAUCCAAGCCGCGAGGUAACAGCUGCGGAGCGCGAGGACAGGGACGAUAUCCUGUGGCUUCUUGCACAAUACGGGCAUCGGUACCCGCUGGACGGCUUUGCGGAUGUCCUCGGCCGGGCCUGGUUCAACCGCCUCUGGAUCAUCCAGGAAUCGUGUCUGGCACCCAGUGUCAUAUUUGUCUCGGGGACUCGUUCGCUUUGUUUCGACUGUUUUCGAAGCGGUACGCUUUUCUACAACAUCUAUAACACGCACUGGUUGAACAACGUGCAGCACUCCGUUUCACAGGGAGAGGUCCGUCGUCGCAACGAACUCUUGACCGUCACCCGAGGCCUUAUUCGAAUCUUCCAAGAGCGCAAAGCCAUCCACACGGCUGGGAGGCGGCAGCAGCUCUAUGACGUAUUGCUCAAGUACAAUGUAAACGACGACGGGCCCAAGAUUGGGGCCACGCUGCCCGAAGACCGGCUCUAUGGGCUCCUAGGUCUGGUAGGCGAUGAUGACUCUCUUCACGGGCUGGUUGUGCGGUAUGGGGAUGCCAUCAAGGUCUACACCGAGUUUGCUGGUAUGCUGGCACGGAAAAACAUAGACGUCCUGCUCUUCUCCCAGUCCCCGAAACGGGUCGCCGGCCUCCCUUCAUGGGUGCCGGACUGGUCGAUGGAUCUGAAGGUGCCUCAUGCAUACACAAAUCUGACAACACCCGUCUUCAAGCCUCGAAGCGUUGACGAUCAGCAAGAACCCAACGUCGACCUAGAGCUGGGCAGGUUGGCUGUCCAAGGCAUGGUGAUAGACCAAAUCAUUCAGGUCGGGCGACAAAGCAUGCACAGCGACCCAGAGCGCCAGGUCACGGCUCUAGUUGACUUUCGCUCGGUGAGAAGGUUCACCACCGAGAUCGACGAGUUCCUCCAGCUCGCGAGUGACAACCCCCUUUGCCCCUUUCCAUACAGUUCCAACGAGGAGCUACGCCUCCAGGCAGCCGUGCGGCUCUCUGACGCGGCUCUGUCGGAAAAACACUUUUCGGAGGCAUUGGGUUCGACAACGGAGGCAACCAAAAAGCUCCAGGCGCUUCACGGGGAAGCUGCGAAAUGGGGACAGAGGCUCAUCGAUACGGAUCGACAGGUCAAGUCGUACCAUAUCAAUCGAAUAAUCGGCACCGUCGGCAUUAUCCCCUGGUACUGUGUCCCGGUUGGCGAGGUUGAUGUUCUCAGACUCUGCGCAUUGGAUCCGAUCUCUGCACUCAAGACAGGCCUGAAAGGCGCGGCUCUGUUCCUCGUCGAUGCACUCGGUAUCUGUGCUUCUUCGGCGGCGGUUGUCCUGUUCUCCAAGUACCUUCAGAUCCGUCGCAGGUUCACAGGCGUUCGUUUCAAUGACCCGGGGAGUAAGGAGGUCGUGACCAAGGUUGGGCUCAGUUCGGACUUGAUCAUAGGGCACGAUAUGAGCACGUACCGAGAAAAUCUACUGAAGAAUAUUGGCCGGAGGGUUUAUCUGACUGAGAAGGGGUACAUUGGACUGGGCCCUGGUGGCAUGAUGCACGGGGAUUUCGUUGCUUUCCUCUUUGGUGGAACGGUACCGCAUAUCUUGAGGCAGAGGGUCGGCUCGAGUCUGUCUGGUCGUGAUACAUCAUGGCAAUACGUAGGAGAGGCGUACUGCGAUGGCGUUAUGGAUGGCGAAGCAGUGGGAUCGGGGCAUGAGAACGCGACAACUUUCAACAUCUUUUGAAAGACAGACAGAUGCUCGCAGCACAAGUAGUUACGUAGCCCUAGUUUUCUCGAUACCAUACACAGAGCGCAGCUCGACC